AGAACUAGAAUCUAGAAGAAGAACUGACCAAAAUAUUACGACUUUGUUUAAAUAGAAGGUAGUUUCUCACAUCUUUUUUCCUCUGGCUAUGUCGUAUGCCGAGUGUUAGUGAGUCUCCCCUGUUUUGUCAGUAGUUGGCGACGAACUCUGAGAAGCCCCGGUGAGUCGGUGACAGCAAAAUCCCUGGAAGAGACCAGCCAUGUUUGCCAGAACACGGACAUACAGCCCAGAUCUACAUGACAUGGCGUACAGACGUCUGCAGUGGUUUCUAUGGUUACUGACGCUGCACGCCGCUUCCAGCCAAUAUGUGGGCGACAAGAUGAACCUCAAAUGUGACGUCAUAGAGACAGCAAAUGACUGCUAUAAAAUCUCGACGGGCGGGCGGGACUACCGUGGGCAGAUGCGGGUGACUGACAGCGGGCUCGAGUGUCAACGGUGGAGCUCACAGCAGCCGCACGCCCACGAUAACACCCCCCAGGAGUACCCCGACAAGGGGCUGGACAGUAACUUCUGCCGGAACCCCUCCCCAACUGACUCGCAGUCGGGUCGGUACAUUCGACCGUGGUGUUACACUACGGACCCCAACAAACGGUUUGAGUUCUGUCCUGUCAGCCCUUGCAACAGCUCCCUGAAGCAGCAGGGCACCUCUGUCUCCAGCCGGCUGGAAUCUCAGCUGGAGAGACAGAACGCCACCAUACAGGAGCAGCGCAGAAACCUGGAGGCACAGUGGAGGAAUAUAAAGGAGCUGCUUCAGGGCCGUGACAGUGGACCUGUGGAUCUUACUAUAGAGGAGUGUCAGCUGUGCACACAGGGGGAGUGGUGUGAUGUCAGCACGGCUCCACCCACCUGUAUACCCUGCUCCUCCUGUCCCAAUGGGUAUAAGAGCCAGGCCCAGUGCUCAGGGGCGACUGACACAGUUUGUGUGGAUAUAGACGAGUGUACCGCCAACAGGAUGAACAACUGUGAGAAGGACCAGACCUGUGUUAACGUACCCGGGAGCUUCUACUGUAUGGGGAAGUACAUACUGUGUGGACCCAACCAGUUCUAUAACACGAACACACAGCAGUGUCAGAAGUGCCGGCGAUGCAUGGGAGACGGCAGUCGGACCAUCGUGCCGUGCCAUCUGGUCAGCGACACCCUGUGUUCCCCGCCUGUCCCCAACCUCUUCUCCGCCCUCUACCUCUCCGAGAUCCGCAACAACUCCUACAACAACAUCCCCGGCGGCGACAAGCUAAAACUGCGACCAAUCAGGUCGUCCAACGACUCUUACUUCAGCCGGGACCAAUCGUAUCAGAACGUCAUCCUGGAAAAGGCGGGAUUCGCUCUGGUGGACAUCAACUACGCUUUGAAGCACACCUGCUCCAACUACAUGCAGUUGAGUGUAGACUGGGACGGAGUGCCCGAGGCAGGGACCAGGCUGAAGCAGACCGUGGGGCGGUACUACCAGAGCUCCACCGUCAGUACGGCCAUGGCGGUGACACCCGGGGAGACUCUAGGUGUGGAGAUACGCAGUAACAACCGGGAAUGUUACCCGCCAGGGGAUAGGACGACCACCCAGUUAAAGGAGGUGGCUGAUGUGGAGAGGUCUGGUCCUUUCAGCAUCCUCUGGCUCUCGCACAAAACUGGUGCAGCACUUCUGAAGGCCUCCAUGCAACAGGCUACCUACGAGGGCUCCUGGCGGGUGGACUUUGAACUGCAGUCAAUCUCUGAUCCGUACAUGUUGCAACUGAAGUCUUCCAAUUUCAUCAGUUUUCGUCGUGAAGGAAACGUGCGGUUCUCCUUCCACCAGGCCAUGUACCUGCAGGGCCUAGCCUGCUCCGGACCAGAGGGCGUGGUCAUGGUACCGAAACUACUGCGCAGGGGCGGGGGAACAGUCAAGCUGUUGCAGCACAUGAACGUUGGCGUCAACAUGCAGUACAUGACUUUGGUGACAGGGGCCGCUGUUCCCGUCCAGGCGGGUGACCGGUUGUUUAUGGAGAUUGAGAGCGCACGUGACUGUACCAUGUACUUCCUCGGGUCCGAUUCAGGUAUCGGCGGGUUGAACGUCCUGUGGUUACCCCACCAGAAGUCUGCUGUCCUGAUGGGUGAGCUGUACAACAACGGACAGCUGGAGGGCGUGGCUCAGAGACAGGUGCUGCGCUUCACCGAGAAGAACAACACGGACAGCAGCAUCCUCAAACUCAACAAGAAUGGCAGGGUCAUGUUUCUGAAGCCAGGGCGAGUGAACGUAAACUACCACCAGAACAUCAUCCACUCGUGUGAUUACGCCAGCAUCACAGCGUACUAUCAAGGCCUGGCCAUACCGGACCCUGUUCCCUUCAUGCAGCAGGUUCUCGGUAACACUAACGCGAAAGCAGAGGGCAUCUAUCUAAGCGGUUCCUACGAUGUGGAAGAAGGUUCCCAGAUCUAUCUACAGAUGACCUGCAAACGUGGCAGGAUCAACGGUGUGGGGGAGGGGCACUUCAGCACUCUGUCUGUCCUGUGGAUCAUGCCAUAAAUGGUUAGAACGAAAGCUCAUCUGUGUUGGUUGCAGAAUCCAUAGUUAUAUAGAGUUCAAGCUCUGUUUCAACACAAAA